AUGGAGGCGGCGGCGGCCCCGGCCCCGGGCGGCGGCCCCGGUACCCUGCUGCUCUGCCUGGCCCUCGCCUCCGGCCUGGCGCUCUUCAGCUGCGUGGGCGCCGAUACCAACGUCACGGCCGGGCACGGCACGGAGGGGCUCAGCUGCGGCACAGACAAGGCAUGCACAGGGAACGGCACGCAGCCGCGGCGGCAGGGCCACUUCUCGCGGUGCCCGGAGGAGUACCAGCACUACUGUGUCAAGGGCAGGUGCCGCUUCCUCGUGGCCGAGCAGGCCCCCGCUUGUGUGUGCGAGCGGGGCUACACCGGGGCUCGCUGCGAGAGAGUGGAUCUGUUCUACCUGCGAGGGGACCAGGGCCAGAUCGUCAUCAUCUCCCUGAUCGUCGCCAUCGCCGCCCUCAUCAUCCUCGUUGUUGGCAUCUGCCUCUGCAGCCACCACUGUCGGAGGCAGCGUAGGAAGAGGAAGGCAGAAGAGAUGGAAACACUAAACAAGGACGGACCUUCCAGAAGUGAAGAUGUGCGGGAAACGGGCAUCGCGUGAAGGAGCUCCCGGUACCUGCGGGCGGGUCCCGGACGGCAGCAGCGGCUGGCUGCAUGGGCGAGGG